ACACACAAAUGUCAAGUAGAAAAUCAAACACAGAAAACAGUAUAUUUUUUUAAAAAAAGCAUAAUUUUAAGGCCCCCAAAAACAAUUACCAUGGGAUAGAUAGGAAGUCCAACAAGUCAUGUACCGAUAGGAUGCUGUCCUGUCAGUUCCAUCACGGAUCUAACAUGGCAAGGGCAGACACCGUGUGCAACCAGUCGCUGUUGGAGGCUGGAGAAAGGCCUCUGGAACGGCCCCUAGGAGAACCAGGGGAUGUUAAGACAAGUUUCGUGACUAGAGAGGGAAUUUACAGGCUUAUGACGCUCAGCGAAUAUUCCAGACCGAAUAGGGUGACGUACCAGCCUCAGGGACAAACACCGCCCCAAGUGAAUGUUUCUCUGGUCAGUCUUGGGGAUCAGGGUGAUCGGAUUUGUUUUAAUCACGGCAGAGAACUUUACGUGUACGUUUAUAAAGGUAUCAAGAAGGCUGCCGACUUGAAUAAGCCAUUGGAGAAGAAGAUUUAUAAGGGUACCAAUCCUACUUGUCACGAUUUUAAUGAUGUUUCUGCUAGUGGGGAUAGUGUUUAUUUAUUAAUAGGAUUUAGUACUGGACAAAUACAAUUAAUUGAUCCUAUAAAAAAGGAAGUAAGUAAAUUAUUUAAUGAAGAACGUUUAAUAGAUAAAAGUAAGGUGACGUGUCUGAAAUGGGUACCUGGAAGUCGGUCUUUGUUCCUUGCAGCACAUGCGUCAGGUCAGUUUUAUGUCUACAAUGAAGAGUUGCCAUGUUGCAGCACAGCACCGCACUACCAACCCUUCAAAGCCGGUGAAAACUUCUCUGUAAACACUUGCAAAACAAAAUCGACUCGCAACCCUUUAUUCAGAUGGUACCUGGGUGAAGGAGCCGCUAUUAACCAAUUAGCAUUUAGCCCUAACGGGUCUCAAUUAGCAAUAGUAACCCAAGACGGUCUACUGCGAAUAUUCCAAUACGACAGUAUGGAACUUUUAGGUACUGCCCGUAGUUAUUUCGGUGGACUUUUGUGCGUGAGUUGGUCAGGGGACGGGCGAUUGAUCGCAGUAGGGGGCGAAGACGAUUUAGUGACUGUUUAUUCCAAUGAACUGAAACGGGUAAUUGCGAGAGCCCAAGGGCACAGAUCUUGGGUGGCGGCAGUGAUGUUUGAUUGGUUUUUAGAGGGCGAGUCUUGUUAUAGAAUAGGGGCUGUCGGGCACGAUACACAAAUUUGUUUGUGGGAAUUGCCUGAAGAUAAUUUAGUGCCUCCUAGAGCCAGAGCAAAAAGACGUUCUGAUCCUCUUCAAUUGGUCGGGACGCCAUCAUGUCCUAGAUUGGACGAGUGUCCUAUGCUUGAAGCUUUAGUUUGUAAAAAAAUUGCUCACGAACGUUUGACUUCGUUGAUUUUUCGACCAGACUGUCUGAUAACCGCGUGCCAAGACGGCUACGUCUAUACUUGGGCCAGGCCUCCGAGACUUCCCACAUAACCAGAGGAAAUGGGAGAGGGUAGCUAGCAAAGCAUUAUUUUCAAGUCGUGAUAGGAUGUUAUUGUUGAAUGUGUCAAAAUUUUGUUAGUAUUAUUUUAUGCAUUUUCCUAUUUGCUAGCUAGCCAAAGCCUGUUCCGGACUAAAAAGUAUUUUUGUAUGUUUUUGUAAUAUACUUUUGUACAAUUUAAAUGAUAUUGUAAAUACGUAUUAAGGCUAAAGUGUCCAAAAAGUACUUGUUUAAUUUCUGUCACCUUUGUGUGCAUCUUGUAUACUACUUUGAGUAAAUUCAUAUCUUAUUUUAUUUGUGUUUUAAUUCAAUCAACUGCGAAAAUCAAUCAAUCUUAUAAAAACUCAAAAUGUUAUUCUGAAUCUUUAGCGUCAGAAAAAAAAAUCGUAAUUCAAUUUCACUCAUAUUAAUUGGGCAAAUUUUUUAUUAAAAGUUACAAAACAAAUAAGGCUUCUAUUAAAUAAUAUGUAAUUGUAUCACAAUAUUAACAAAUCUAUAUCAUGCGGGAAUUAAAUAGCUAUUACAAAAAGAUUAAUUUUAUGUUAAAAAUAUUGUUUUAGUAUUAAUAAGGUUGUAAUACAAAAUCAUCAACCUAUAAUUAUUAUUUCUUUUUGACACUAACAGGAAUAUUAACUCCCAUUAAAACGCACAAAUUAUUCCUAAUCGGACGUAUUUCCUCCAAGGGACUUUCCCAAUUAAUGUCGCUCAAAAUUUGCAUGAUUUCAUCCAAAUUUUCCAUAGGGAUACUGCUACUGUCUCCGCACACCAAAAUCGAUUCAUACAAUUUCACCGCAGUGGAACGUCUCACAUAAGAUUGCCGAUGACAAAGAAGAAUGCUCAAUUGCACCAAAGCUGUUUUACAAACAUUACCAGAAACUUGUACGAAUUGGCACAAGGCAUUUAUGCCAUCGAUAAGUUUGUAGAUGUUUUUGCAGCCGGAUAUUUCCAUUUGGAUUAGUUUUAGGAUUCUUUUUGUCCAAUCAUAAGCGGGAUCUUCGAUUAUUGAGUUGAUGCAACCUGAGUCAAAUAGUUUGUCUAAGAAGCUGAAUAGAGGGAUGGUUAUUCUAUCUUGUUUUUGAUGGUCUAAAAAAAUUUGAUGAAUUGUUUCACAUAUACGACGUAUUUCGGUUGUUCCUUUAGAUUUUUCUUCUUGCUUUAGGUAGUUGAAUAAAGAAGAACUUGAGUUUUUGAUC